AUGGCCUAUGAAUGGGAUGUAGUGGUUAAUUUUAUCAAGCGUCAUUACGAGAGAUUGGUGAAAGCAGCCUACUUCGAUCCCGCAGAAGUCCGAUACCCUCCAGAUGAAGGCUGGAACGAUGAGCAGCUUACUGUUCAUGUUCUCCGUACUUUUGGUCGCUCAGAGGAAGUAGUCGAUCUCCUACGACAUCUACUUUAUAUCAAACAGCUAGACGGUGACCACAAAGACGAAGUAUACUUUGAGACCCAGCAUCUUAGCUAUCUGUGCGAUAACUUGCCGUUUAUAUCUUUAAUUGUAGAAGAGUGCCAAGAAAAACUACUGUCCGAAAAACUGCUGAUGCCUCGUCCUACAGAUUGGCCAGCUGGAUUCAUUUCAUUAACACGAUACCAACAUGCGAUAUGGUGGAUAAUCGACACUGCGAAAGGUUGUUACCCAUACAUAUAG